AUGGCGGAUGAUGGAGAGUCGCUGGAGUCCUGGCUCAACAAGGCCACUAACCCUUCCAACAGACAGGAAGACUGGGAGUAUAUCAUGGGAUUCUGUGACCAAAUCAAUAAAGAGCUAGAGGGCCCACAAAUAUCGGUUCGACUUUUGGGUCAUAAGAUUCAGUCCCCUCAGGAAUGGGAGGCGUUACAAGCAUUAACGGUUCUGGAGGCUUGUAUGAAGAACUGUGGGCGAAGGUUUCACAAUGAAGUUGGGAAAUUUAGGUUUUUAAACGAACUAAUCAAAGUGGUUUCUCCAAAAUAUCUAGGAGACAAAGUAUCAGAGAGGGUGAAGACGAAAGUGAUUGAGAUGCUGUACAGUUGGACUGUGUCUCUACCAGAUGAAGCAAAGAUCUGUGAAGCCUAUCAGAUGCUGAAGACACAGGGCAUUGUUUUAGUUGACCCAGAAAUCCCUCUGGAUGCCACAUUAAUACCGUCACCUUCUCCGAGACCCAAAAAUCCUGUGUUUGAUGAUGAGGAGAAGAGCAGGAGAUUGUCACUGCUACUGAAGAGCAAAAAGCCUGAAGAUCUGCAAGAGGCCAAUCGGCUCAUCAAGAACAUGGUUAAGGAGGAUGAGGUGAGAGCACAGAAAGCAACAAAACAAAAAAGCACACUGGAGGCAGCUAACAACAGCGUCAAACUCCUUAACGAGAUGCUUGCUUACUUCAGCCCGGAAGACUCCACUGACGGUGACAAGGAACUCAUUAGGGAUUUAUAUGGUGAUUGUGACAAGCUUAGACAAACAGUGUUUCAGCUCGCUACUGAGACUGAGGAUAAUGACAGCAACUUGGGAGACAUUCUGCAGGCCAGCGAUGACCUCUCCCAUGUCAUUAAUUCUUAUAAGAAGAUUGUGGAAGGACAGACCAUCAACGGAGAGACUGAAGAAGCACAACAAACAAGAUCAGCAGUUAACAAAGGCCCCGGCCGCACAACUCAGUCAGAGAUUCUGAUUGACCUAGUGGGUCUGGACGUCCAGAGCCCCUCUCCACCAGAGCAGCAACCCCCCACAUCUUCUAUAUCUAUUCCAGCUGACCUGCUGUGUGGGACCGCUGCCACUGAACCUCAGUCUUCAAGCACAAACGCACUCUCUGCAGCACUAUCUCUGCUGGAUGAAGAGCUGCUGUCUUUAGGCCUCAAUGAACCCGCUCCCGUUUCAAGUAAAUCAACAGCACCAACACAUGUAAACCUGAGCAAUCAUUUACAACCAAUACAGGAUUCCAGUAAGGAUUUGGAACUUUUUGACACUACUUCACCUCCAGCUCCUGCAUUCUCGACAUCAUCAUUUUUUCCAUGCACCCUCUCUGCAACAGUAACUUCAGUUAGCCCCACCAAGUCUUCAGCAACUGCCUCUGCCUUAAGUUUCUCUGGCGCUGUGUUCUCCACACCUUCUGUUUCAACACAGUCUGUCUCAGUAACAUCAGGGUCACAGCAGUCAGUCAGUUCAGGAUUGACCUUCACAGCCCCAGCGGCUCUCCCUCAGUCAUACAACGCAGUCUUGUCUGUUCCAUCAGCCACCACUGUCACUCAACAACAGGCCUCCGCUGCAGCAGGGCCCUCCCAGUCUGCUUCUCCUUCUUUUAAUCACAAUCUGCAAGACCUAGCCUUGCUUGAUGUGAGCAGUCCUAAAAAUACACCUGGUGCGAUGGAUUUUGGCAGCUUGCUAGCCAAGUGUGAAGAUCUGCAUGAUCCUUUCACCCUGUUGUCCAGUAUUGGAGGCACCUACACCACAUCCCAACCUUCACUCAUAGGAGGGAUACCAGGAGGGUCCACUAUUCCACCUGCCAAGUGUCAGGCAGAUGACAGCCCUCUAUUGCGCUCUCUGUCCCCUAUCCUCCCACAUAGCCAGCCAAGUCCAGGCAGUGGAGAAGAGGUAUCGCUGGCCAAUGUUUUUGUACCUCUGGAUGCCAUCAAGCCAAGUAAGGUGUGUCCUGUGACGGCAUAUGACAAAAAUGGUGUCCGUCUUCUGUUGCAUUUUGCCACUGAUUGUCCACCAGGCAGGCCUGAUGUUCUGGUGAUGGUGGCAUCUAUGCUUAACACAGCCCCGCUGCCCGUCAGGAACAUUGUUCUGCAGGCUGCGGUGCCUAAGACAAUGAAAGUGAGACUGCAGUCACCCUCGGGCACAGAGCUGGCUCCUUUUAACCCAAUCCUUCCUCCUGCUGCCAGCACUCAGGUCAUGCUGCUUGCCAAUCCUCUCAAGGAAAUCGUUCGGAUGAGAUACAAACUUACAUUCACGCUGGGAGAGCAGCCGCACACAGAAGUGGGGGAAGUGAAUGAGUUUCCACCUGCUGACAGAUGGGGGGCUCUAUAGCCCUGCCUACCCUUUAGGCUGGCCAGAUACUACAAGACUUCUUAAACCAUUCAGUCUGUCAGUGCAGCUCAGAGGUCAAGAGAAAGGGCAGUGUCGGAAGACUUUUAGGGAAAAUUUCGAGAAUAUAAUCUAAACUCUAAUACGUAGACCUUUACAGAGAAUUUCUGCUUGGAUGGCCCAGCUAAGUAGCCAAAGUCAUGACGCAUACAUCCAAUUUAAACUAUUUUACAGUUCCAAACAGGUGUGUGCAAUGAUUGAAUGUUGAUGGUGGAUACGUGGGAAAAUCCUUGUUUGGUAAUUUUGAGUAAUGCUAAGUUAUUAUUACGUUGUUACUAUUACUAUACCCUUUUAUUCUCAUUUAUGCUUUAAUACAUGUACUCCUACCCUUCCAUCAUAUCAGAAAUGAUUGGAGUAUACUUGCGAUUUUGAAAGCCAGGCUGUCUUAUUAUACAGUAAAACACAUGUAGAAGGAGACCGUGAAACCAGGGUCAUGCCAUCAUGUGAUCAAAACCUGCAUUUCACAUGAUUUACUGCUGACUAUGUAUCAAUCAGUUACUCUCACUUCACGUCUCCCUAUAUGCCUCACAGUUACUACUGAAUACUUUUACUAGUCUUCUGAGUUCUGUACUAACUCAUAGCUCAGACUCUUGGUGUGCAUUUUAGUCUUUCAGUAUUUAUUAUCAUGAAUGUGUUAUUUAUUUUUUGUUUGGGGUGCAAGGUAUGAGAUUGGUUAACUUACUGUAUGGUAUUGCAACUAUAGUCCUGCAUUUUCUUCUUAUGAUGGUAAUUUUCAGUACUGAAGUAAAGGGGGGUACACAUGGUGUGUCUGAGAAGCUUUAAUGUUACUAAAUAUUCAAGCAGACAUUUUAUAAUAUGUCGCAUUAUGUAGCAACAGUGCAGUGGAUUCUGAUGGAAUGAGAGGUGUCUUGUUACAUAUCCAGGCUGUCAACUCCAGAUAGCAUGUUCAUAUAAAAUGGUAAUCCUAGCAGCAAAUUUUCUUUAGUGAUACAACAUAAACCAUUAAUGAAAAGGGGUCAACUGUUUGCAUUGAGUGGGUGUGCUUAAAGAAGUACAGAUCAGGUGACGAUUCUCCCCUAGAAACAGAAAGUCAUACUGUUGUAAAGUAAAUGUCAUGUAUAGCUCAGCCCUUGCUCCCCCCUGUUUGAUUAUGUUGUGGAAAUUAAGCUAGAGAGUGAGGAUAUUUUCCCUGGGUCAACUGUACAUGUUAAGCUUGUGUGUGAGUUUCCUAUAUCAAACUAGGAAAAGUAUUUCUUUUUUUAAGCCUUGAGAAAAUAAAUCAGUAAUUAUUUUGUGGUGAAUCUCAAGCAUUACACUUACCAUGCAGUUAUCAGAAAAACAGUAUUGUUGUAUUUCUGGAGCAAUUAAUGUUAUAUAGGAGAUUCUCUACAUAUUUCUUAUAAAAUUAUUAUUUAUUUGUCUUAGAUUGUUAAAUUAACUUGUCAUUGCAUAUUUUUGAAAAGCUGUUUCUGUGCAUGGAGA